CUCAUUUGGUGUCCCUCAACGGAAGACGUCUUUCAUCAGCCAUUUGGUUCAUGGAGAUUGGGCUACCUCUACAGCGCAGACAGCGCAGGGGACUGGAGCACAUUUCACACAUGAUUACGUUCAUACGUUGACUAAUUUCGGUCAUCCACUCCGCACUGAAUAAACAGCACCGCCCCAAUCUCCCCUUGGUUGUUUGUUUUAAGUGAAGAGCGAUCCAUCGCAGAGCGCCGGGCUCGAUUGACACUGUCUGAUGAUCUGCUACUGCGGCUGGCUCAGAAUAACAAGGCUGCUCGCUAAUACCUGUGUAUCGGGGCUUUCACCAAAACACCGAGCGAAUAGGAUCCAAAAAAGCCAACAAGGCAAGCAAGAACGCCGCGCCGCCGAAGUCCGCACCACAGGAUGGCUUCGGGAGACCUUUACGAGGUGGAGCGGAUCAUGGACAAGCGGCGCAACAAGAAGGGCAAGUGGGAGUACCUGAUCCGGUGGAAGGGUUACGGCAGCAAGGAGGAUACCUGGGAGCCCGAGCACCACCUGCUGCACUGUGAGGAGUUCAUCGACGGCCUGCAUCUGCACACCCAACACAAACGACCCAAACCCCCCAAGCUGCUCCCCGGGACGGCAGGGGGACCAUGGAGGCCGGGAGGGCCCCCAGGGGGGGUUGGACCACACCUCCUAUCCGCCCGUCCUCCCGCCCCAGACACCCCGAGAGCACGAGCAGAGGCACGUAAGAAGAAAAGGACUAGUGUUAGUCCAGGGGCCGGGGUUAAUCCAGAGGCAGGAGUAAGGGAGGGAAUGGGUUUGGGGGUUGGUACUGGAGCUUCUCAGAAGCAGAAGAAGGUGAGCGGAGGAGGAGCUGGAGGAGGAGGGGGGGGGAAGCAUGUCUCUCCACACAGGAUGACCAAAGCUAUGCCGUACAAGGCUCCUCCGGGGGGACUGCAGUUUGUGCCCCCGGUAAGGGCCCCUCAUAACGGACUACAGAAUGGAGAGAUGGACCCUGUCCUGUACCGGGCAGCAGCCGGGACACACCGACUGACCCAUGACACGGAGAGGGUGAUGGGGGGCAUGGAAACCUCCGGGACACCGCUGGUCAAUGAACUAGGCUCCACACUCUCCAACGGUGAGGUGAAUCUGCACAGCUCUGUGAAGAGGAAGCUUGGAGAGGACAAAGGCUACGUGUUCCACAAGCGGCUGAGGUACAACGUGCGGCAGAACGAGACCAACUGUCGAUUCCGUGACAUUGUCGUCAGGAAGGAGGAGGGCUUCACGCACGUGCUGCUCUCCAGCCAGACGUCUGACAACAACGCACUAACACCAGAGAUAAUGAAGGAGGUGUGUCGGGCUCUGGGGAAUGCAGCAGCUGAUGACAGUAAGCUGUUGCUGCUCAGUGCUGUGGGGAGUGUCUUCUGCAGUGGCCUGGACCCGUCCUACCUGAUAGGACGCCUCUCUACAGACCGAAGGAAAGAGAGCAGUCGCAUUGCUGACGCUGUACGGGACUUUGUGCUGGCGUUUAUCCACUUUAAGAAGCCCAUCGUGGUGGCCAUCAACGGGCCUGCCCUGGGCCUGGGGGCCGCUAUCCUGCCUCUAUGUGACGUGGUGUGGGCCAGUGAACGGGCCUGGUUCCAAACGCCCUGUGCCGCCCUCCGCCUCACCCCCUCUGGCUGCUCCUCCUACACCUUCCCCCAGAUCCUGGGAGUUGCUUUGACCAAUGAGAUGCUGUUCUGCGGGAGGAAGCUCACGGCACAGGAAGCCUGCAGCCGGGGCCUGGUGUCACAGGUAUUCUGGCCAACCACGUUCAACCAGGAAGUGAUGCUGCGCGUGAAGGAGAUGUCCACCUGCAGUGCUAUGGUUCUGGAAGAGUCUAAAUGCCUGGUGCGGAGCAUCCUGAAGUCGGUCCUGGAGGAGGUGAAUGAGAAGGAGUGUCAGAUGCUCAAACAGCUGUGGUGCUCCACCAAGGGACUGGAGGCGCUCUUCAGCUACCUGCAGAGCAAGGUGUAUGAUAACUGACCUCUACACACCUGCAGAACUAUCUAUGGGCCACGAGAUCUGGUCUUCAGUUACCUACUGAGCAACAUCCCUGAAGAUAUAGGGCUUUGAUCUUCAGUUACCAACAGUCUUCUUUAACAACCAGCAGAGCGUAGUUUGCCAGUCUCUGAGGCCUUAUCUCCGCACAUCAACAUCUGGGUCUGCAGAGCACCACCAUCAAUGUUUUUUUUAACUUUGGUCAUCCCUCAACUUCCCUGCCUGUAAGAGGGGAUCCGCAAAGCAUCAACUUCUGGAGAGGAUUCAUCUGUAGGAUUCAGUCUGCGUUCAUAAUGGCCUGCUGGGAGUCCAGUGACCGUGAACAAGACUCUUCAGGAAACGGAUGCACCGCAGCAGAACGUUGUGGGAGUGUGUGGAGCCAAAAGAGCUCAUCUGAUGGCUAAUGUCAUUGUUCAAUUAUUUAUUUGAAAAGGUAUUUAGAUUUGAUCCUAAAUAGAAAAAAAGCAUACCACGUGUAUAUAUUUUCUAUUAGUCUGCUGCUGUUUUUUUUGUAUCGUGCUUUAGUCUUUCUGUUUUGAGGUGAAGUGUCCUCCUGGGCUCUGAGGUGUAGUGAAAAUCAAAGCUAUGCUUGAGGUCAGAGUGGAACAUAGAUUUUCUCACCUUACAUAGCAGUAACCCUGGCCAAAGAAGUAAAUAAUAAUUUAAGUGAAACCUGUCCAUUGAAUUAGGUGUGGUGUAAUAGGAGGGCCACUGGGGAAGAGUUAGAGGUAGGUCAUGCCCAAUGAUACACACCCAUAAUUGGGAAGUCAAUGUGAAUGGGCAGUGUUGACAGUGAACUUUUUCUGGAUUUAUAUAGGCCGUUUUGCGAUGCUCUUUUGGAAGUGUUUAUUCAAUUGCUUGUAUUUGGUUUGUCAGUAAGGGUGUGUUUGACCUCUGAUUGAAUGUGAAUAUAUAGAAGGGCCCUCUUUGACCACGACCAGCACUCCCAUAGAGAACCAGAGCUGUCUGAUGGCAUCUUUUCAUUAGAAUGUGGAGACUGUCGAUAGAUCAAAAGGAGACCUCUCCCUGGGAAAGGGAGGAAAGAGAGAGAAUGAGAGAAAGAGGGUGAGACAUACGUCGUCAUCAUUAUUAUAUCAGCAGCAAUAUGUGCAGCGUCAUCAUUAUCAUCAAGGUACAUAUAUGACAUGUAUUACAGUACAAAGGUGUAGCGGGGGUGGUUUUCUUAACUACUCUUCUGUGUUGACUAACCUUGCCUGAGACCUGAAGACUUCUUUUGGCUCCCAGAGCUAAUGCCCUGCCUUUAGCUCAGUGGGCUACUGCAGUCUUGAAUCGUGAAGACGACCAGGGUUUGAUACCCCUUUGAUUAUAAAGGCAUGUAUAUUACAUUGUGAAGAGUGUAGCUAUGAUAUUUGGACAGAUAAUUAUUUUGAUAUUACCUUGCAAUCGGUUAUUAGUGAGACAUUGUGUAUUUUUGUAACCACAGAAAGAAGUUUUGUCCCAAAGUAAUCACUGCACUUUUCGUCUGUUGGCUGUCUGUGUUGUGAAGAUGCAGUAGUAGUGCAGAUAAUACCUGCAUGUGAUGAUGGCUUCAGGAAAUGGGAAAUAUAUAUCUACAUAUAUUGUAUGUAUGGAUAUCUAUUUUUGGUUUACCCAAUAAUGAAAUGUAGUUUUGUGGAAAUUGUUUUGUAUCAUACAGGAAAUGGUGGGUUUUUGCAGUUGUACACAUAUAUGAACCAUGUAGGUGUUAUAUGGUGUAACUAUAUGCAUGUACAAUAUUGUAGAUACGUGUGUUGCCUGUCAAAAUACUUUACAUUUCAAGGUAUGUUUUGUAUUGCCAUAGUAAGCAAUGUUAGAAAUCUUGCACAAUUAUUAUUUGUAUUUAUUUAAAGUUAGUGCUCAAGUUCCCCUUGGGGCUGCAGUGCCAUAAUGUUUCCCUUUCCCAAGAGGCAUCUUUCUCUCUUAUCUUCUGUUCCAGAUAUUCUCAGUAAAUUGCUUUUUUCCCUAGAUCUGCACUGUGUGAUAGUAGUGACACAACAAACACACACAAAAAAUGGUUACAUGUAGCAUAAUUAUGUUUAAAGGCUGUUGAUAACCACUUUAUGCAAAACUUUAAAACAUUUAAAGUAAUAUUGCUAUUAACAGCUCUGACAAAUCAAAGCUCUAUCAAUUUCUAAUCAACCAUUCCCAAUUAUAUUUGAAUAACACUUUCCCUGAAUUUCCCCAAUUGAUUUAUUAUUUGCGUGUUGAUCAGUGUAUUGCUAAAGUAUAGUGUAAGAUUAAAUGUAUAUUAAUAUAUUUGAGUUUUGCCUGUACCUCUCUCCAACCUGGUCUCAGAGCAUUUUGUAUUAUUCUGUACGUAAACCCAUACACUCCAUUUAGUAUGCGAUGUUACUUCUGUAUGGUAUGUAUUCAUUUGUGGAUGUCCAUCAACCGUUUCGUAUGAUAUGUUACGAAUUUGCAAAAUAUACAAUUAUAUUAUGAUUUGCUAAACGUAUGAUAUGUUACGAAUUCUAGCUAGGUGGUUAACAUUAGCUAGCUGGCUAACAUUAGCUGAGGUUAGGGGUUAGUAUUAAAGUUAGGGAAGGGUUAGCUAACAUGCUAAGUAGUUGAAAACUAGCUAAAAAGUAGCAAGUAGAGGAAAAGUUACUAAUUAGCUAAAAUGCUAAACUUGGUCGUGAUGAUUCGAACUCGCAACCUCUAGGUUGCUAGACGUUCACGUUAUACACCAACCCAUCCACACCAAACCAACUAAUUUUUGGCUUAAGUUAACAUCUGUCUUAUCUAACCAUACCAAACGUAACAUAUCAUACAAAUUUGUCUCUCGGUUUACAUUUACUUUGUUACGUAUAGUAUGAGACAAGGCUGCUCUCCCAGGACCCAAAUAGAGUAACAUUGUGUUUGAAUGAUGCAUUUGAAUAAUUUUAAGUAAAACCGUUAUAAUUCAUUUGAGGACUUACCCUUGAAAAUUAUGACCGGCCCUGUAAGCCAUGUGUUUAGGUUUAGUUUGUAAACUCCCAUCUCCAUAUGAUGUUUCUAUGCAUCUUCCAAGCAUUUACAAACCUAUUACAUGUUGAGUUUCUACUCCUUUCUCUAGUCUAAAAUCACACCUCGGGGUGCCUUAGGUAUCUUUUGUCUGUAGGAUGCUGUAUCCAUACGUUGUGAGUUUUGGGUGUCGAGCUGCUUUGAAUAAACUAUGACAUUAAUUUAAA